CACUGACUCAAUCCAUUGCCUCAUGCUUUACAGAUAUGUCGGUUUCAACCUUUCAGAAGAUCACUUUCAUCUCCUGCCUCGUUCUCUGCGUGUCUCUAUUUCUACCCAAAAUAUUUCUGUCUAGAGGGAAGAAAGACGUCGUUCAGUCGGAGGUUGGUCCUGGACACAUUCCUCCUAGAAGAUACAGUCAGCCAUUCUCAGAAGAUCAUGAUCAGUGGCAGUUGGAACCACUCCAUACCAAACCGUUCAAUCCUGAGGCCAUUUCCAGGACCAAAGGUGCUGGAAAACCUAACCUCCUCAGCCAGGUCAUUCCUGUUUAUGGCUUUGGAAUCUUCCUCUACAUCAUCUACAUAUUCUUCAAGCUUACAUACAAAGACAGAUCCCCCAGGCCAGAAUGCAGAUUCUCCGUCCUGAUGGCAGACAGCACAAUACAGGACAUGCCUGAUUAUGAGAUGGCUCAGCUACAGGCCAGACUGAGACAGAUGGAGGGAGUGAGAGAGAGGAGAGUAUCGAAAGCCAUCCACCCACCUGCCAGGUCUCGGAGGAGCAGCCGUAGAAAGGAGGAGAGGAAACUCCGGCAACUGAGGCAGAUCACACGUGUGAUGCUGGAGGGGCGUCCUCUAGAGGGCGUCUCCCCUGAGGUGGAAGCUGAGGAAACCCCCUAUUCUGCAGACUGGGAGGGUUAUUCCGAAGAGACCUUUCCCAAGUAUGAAGUGGCAUUUCGUGGACGGCGCUAUCCAAGCGUCAUACUUGAGGAGCCAGAUAUGGACAUACCUACUGCUGAGCAAAUCGCAGAAAGAAUGGGGAGAGAAGAAGAGGAAGAUGAUGAGGAAGAUGAAGAAGAAGAUGAUGAUGAUGACGAUGAUGAGGACGAUUACAAUGAACAAGAGGAAGAGGUCAAGGAAGAGACAGAUGAAGAUAAAGCAGAUGCUGCUGAGAACAAUUCUACAGAGUGGAAAGAAGAAGGGGAAACCAAACAGGAAGAAGAUGAAGAAAGUGAAGAAGAAGACGCAGAAGAAGAAGAGGAGGAAGAAGACAUAACUGAAGAAGUACAUGAAGCAGAGCUAAUAAAAGAAAAUGAUGAUGAAGAUGAAUAUGAUACCCCUCAAAAAGAUCAAGAACAGGAAGAGGAAGAUGAAGAGGAGGAAGAAGUGGGAGAGGAUCAACCUUGUCUACCUCAUGAUGAUGAAGAACAAGGGGCAAAAUCAAAAGGAGCAAGGAAGGACAGAGAGCGGCCCAGUAGCAGAAGACAAAUAACGUUCAGUGAUCACAGACAUGUCUUCCACUACCCAAAAGGAGACACUGUUGGCUGCAAGUACGAGGGUGAGGAUGAGGAAGACACUCAAGAAGAAGACGAUGAGGAAGAUGAAGAAGAGGAGGAGGAGGAGGAGGAGGAUGAUAUGGAGGAUGAGGAUAAGCAAGAUGAAGUUCAAAAGAAGGUGGCGGAGAGGGAAGAGGAAGAUCCUCUGAUAGAGGCCGAGAGGCUGGGCUUCCACGCUGAAGUGGAGUGCGAUCCAGAAGAACAAGAAAUCAACCUCCUUGAUUUCCUCCUCACGUACCAACCAGAAGCCACCAUUAGCUCUAACCAACCAGCGACCCCCCAAACUCCAGCUUCCGGGACACUGAGGAUGCGCCACAAGAAACCCAAAAAGAAAAACUGACCCAUCUGUCAAGAGAUUGACAAAUGUCCCAUAAUGGUUCACGUUCACUUUAUAAAUGCUCGGCCUUUUGAAACAUGCUUGCAGUGACUGUUUUGAAACACCACACCUUACCAGUGUUACAGAACCAGCCAACUUGCAGUUUCUUAAUGAGUGCAAUUAAUGUCAUUUUUGUGGUGAAUAUCUUCAGGGUGUAAAAGCCAACCGGAUCCUUGGAGGCAUUUUCGGUAUUUAGAUACCUCAGGAGUUUUCAGCUUACUUAUAAGUUAUUAUACAGUGAGAUUCACUUGAAAGUGGCCUGAAUAUUCUGCUGUAACUCUCAAUAGGACGAAGCAAUCUGAACCAAAAAAAUGCCCUACAUAUAUUGACGAUGAUUACAACAAUUACAAUGAAUGUGUGUGUAAUCGAUGGCAUUACAUGUGAUUUUGGAAGUGAUCUCCGUUUGCUGCCAGACACACGAAGGGGUACGGGGGUCUGCACCCGGAUGUUGCAAACGGAGGUAAACCAUCACAAUGGCUGUCUGGCGCCUCCCUCAUCGCUCCGACACAGGGGCGUCCUGGCUUGUUUGAAGCUCCAUAUAUUGAGAAGCUCAUUGCACUUUGUUUCAGUCAGAUUGCUUCGUCCUAGAGAGAAUUAUUACAGAACAUUUGGGGCCUCUGUUGAGGGAAUCUCCCUGUAUAAUGUACGCUGCUUAUAAAAUACAUGUAAAUUAAAACAAAAAAG